AUGGAGUGGCGGCUUCUGGGGCCGCCGCCCUGUCGCGCGGAACGGGCACCAGCUGUGCCAACGCCCCUCGGCGUCGCUCACGGCCGCGGGGUCAGCGGUGCCGCGCGUCCGCCAAGUGGGGCACCCUUUGGCGAACUGGGCGAGGUCACAUUCUGGAUGGCCGCCUUGGACGCCUGCAGGCGCACGAAGACCCGACGCGGGGUCUCGUCGACGCGGAGACUUCGGUGUGCAGCGACGUCGGGUGGCACUUUGCAAGAGCUUCUCCUGCCCUUGCUGAAGGUGACGCCACCCACUAUCUGUACUGAGGACGCCGAAGAGCUGCCGCCCAAGAAGGCGAAGAGCUUCGUCCUGGAACUGCGAAAGAGCUUGGAGCCCCUCGAAGAAGCCGCGCCCGAGCACGCGGCCGAGCUCCUCCGUCAGGCAGCUGCUGAGGGUGUUCCCCAGCAGAUGCUGGAGCCUUUCCUCGCACGCUUGCUGCGGGUAGACCGAGCAGGGUCGGAGAGUUUGCUGCUAUGUUACCAGCUCCUAGAGCUGGCUCCAGCUCGCUCCUUUGGUGAGGCGCUGCUCUCCGUUUUGGUGGCGCAAUUGGCACAGCAUGGCCGGCUUCAUCAUGCAGAAGGGGUUCUCCGGCACGCUGUGUCGACGGGAUCCGUGAAGAUGAGGACAUUUCAACCCUUGAUGGACUCUUAUGUGCAGCUUGGUGACAGCCAAAGGCUUCAACAACUCUUUCAUUCAGUUUUGCGGCCUCUCGUCCUCCAGGAUCAAGUACGGCUCAACGGCCAUGCUUUGAUGACACUCCUGCAGGGCUUUGCCUCCAGGCCCCGGCUGCAAGAUGAGGUUUUGAGCCUCCUUUCGCAAAUGGAGCUCGAGCUCUUGCCGGACGACCUUGAGAGGAUCCACCGGUGCCUCGCGCCCGAGCAGCUCCACCUCCGGGCGGAUUUCAUCUUGGAGCCCGAGUUGAGGAACCUCAUGGACGGCUCUUGGCCUUGCACCUCCCUGGCCGAGGACGAGGACGGCACUGCCGUCCUGGCGGAGGCGGCGCGGAGGAGUUUGCACUUGCUGCACGCCGACACGCAGAAGCGGCUACUGGAAGUGCUGCAAGAAGGCAAGCUGACCUGCCUGGGUUCACCGGCUUCGAGCCGAAUCUUGCUGUCGACGGUCCCAACAUCGGCUACCGCGGCGCCGUGCAGCGGCGCCGCCGGGCAGAGGGGCCACGGGAAGGUAGUGGGGCCAAAAAUUACCGUGCAGAUGAAGAAGAGGUGGUGGAGAAUCUCCAUGCACCUUACUUCCGUCAUGAUCAGAUCCAUCAGACUUUGGAGCAGCUCCGCUCCCAGAACCAUUGGCCCUUGCUGGUGA